AUGCAUGAUGUUUUACGGGAUCUAGCAUUAGUUAUCACAUCGCCAAGAGGAAAUAAUGACAGUAAGUUUUUGGUACGAGCUGGUUUAAGAGAUCGAUCGCAUGGAAAUGAGGAGGAAUGGAAGCAAAUGAAACGCAUAUCAUUCAUGAAAACACAUUGGACACUUUACCCGAAUCAUCGGAUUCUUGCAAAGCUUCCAUCUGAAGUGGGAUCUCUAAAGAACCUCGAAGAACUUCAAAUGGCUGAAGUUGGGGUCCAGAGUUUACCAUUUGAGAUUAGGAAUUUGAAUCGUCUUAUUAGUUUAAUAGUUUCAAGUACAUCUGUGGAAAUUCCUGUUGGGGUUAUAACAAGUCUAAUCUCAUUGGAGCAACUACAAAUUGAUGGGAAGUUGCAGGAGUUGGCAAGCGUUCGCAUGAUGGAUGAGGUGGCUAGUUUGGGAAAUUUGACUAAAAUUCAUUUCCAAUUUCCGACGGUUGAACACCUUGAGGGUUUCCUCUCAUCGAGCUGGUCUUGGAAAGAACAAAGGUUGUUGAACUUUCGAUUUUUUGUCAAUGAUGAUUUUGGCCACUUACUGGAUCGGCAACCGGAGUUGAGCCAUGGAGCUUUGACGUACAAUUGCUAUGGUUCAUUGAUACAUAGGCCACUAGGGUUGAGCCAUGGAACUUCGAGAUACGGAUUCCAGGAUUCUCCUACUACCCCGAUCCCUCCUGCAGUAAUGAGAGUACUUAGUCGUUCCCAAGAGUUUUUUGUGAAGUUUCAUCCUGUGUCGAGCUGUGAUGACAUUGAGAUUCUUGCAAAUGGGGACGAGUCAGAAGAAGGCGACGUUUUACCUGAUUUGGAGGAUUUAAGACUGUACAGGUUGCCGAAAUUGAGAAUUAUAAUGGAAGGGCAAGUGUCAACAAGAAGCUUCUCAAAUCUCAAUUCUUUGAUAUUGAGCACAUGUCAUCACGUAAAGCAGAUUUUCUCAUGGAGCAUGAUCAAGCAACUGUCUAAAUUGGAGAACCUUUCCGUCCAUACCUGCCAUCGGCUUGAAGAUAAUUUUGAAGAGAAUGCGAGUGAACCUGAGAUGGUCAGAAAUGAUGGUCAUCAACUCCCAAGGUUGAAACUCUUAAAACUUCGUGCUCUCCCCAAACUUGUCAGUAUUGAUAGGAUUAUAUCAUUGGCUUCAGUCUCAAUAGAGGAAAUCUGGAUUCACAGAUGCAAUGUAAAAUCUCUUCCUAGUAGCCUGGUCGAUGCACCAAAAUUAAGGAUGAUUGCAGGUAGCAGCAGACAAUGGUGGGAUGAAAAACUAGAGUGGAAAGAUAACGCAAUCAAGCAACGCCUACAAAUUCUUUUCUCAGUUCGAUAG